AUGAACAUGAAUGAAUCCAUCUCCAAAGAUGACCAAGGUGCAGAAGAACAAAACAAUUCAUCUUCUGGUGGUAAACCCGGUUCUUACAAUUCUAAUUCUAAUUCUGCUCAACGCAAAAAAUCUUACAGUACUACCAAGCCUACGGAGUAUAGUUUGCCAAAAGAACAGCCUGAAUCAACUUCCAAGAACUUGGAAACCAAGGCUAAAAACAUCCUUUUACCUUGGAAAAAGAAGCACAACAAGGACUCUGAGAACACAAGUACUGGUACUGCUGCUAUUGCUAGUCACCACGCAAACGUAGGUCCUGAUGUGAAUCAUAUUUCUAACGAACCCAAGUUAAGUUCAGACCCUAAUGCUACCCAUGGAUAUUCUUAUGUCAAGACUACGACACCUGCCGCUUCACCUGAGCACUCCAAAGUGAAGACUUCACCUUCCGUUAACGACCACCGUUCUAAUGUCAAAACCUCAUCUCCUACUAUACAUGAACAUUCUACUAUUGGCACUGGGAAACCAGGUGUUGCCACUGCGCAUGGUCAUAUUAGCUCAAAAAAUCGUACGACUAAGCAUGAACACUCUAGUGUUAAUUCUGGUUCUUCGGGAACUACUGCCACACAUGGACAUUCCAAUUCAGAAGCCAUAUCCCCUACCAAUAUUAGUGAGUAUCGCAAGACGAGCACUGGUCCAUCUGCUACUGCAGCCACACACGGACACAAGAACGUUAAAUCCACUACGGUUCCUACUGCUAGUCAUGCACAUUCCAAGGCCAAAUCGAAUUCAGGUAACAUCGAUGCUACCGCAUCAAAUGACCAUGGUGGCGUCAAUAAUACUUAUUCUUCUACUCAUGCUUAUUCUAAUUCCAGGACCAGUCCCAAAACUACUAAUAUAAGUCACCAUCGAUCCGCCCCAAAAACAGUUCCUUCAACUGCUCAUGGACACUCCAAAGCAGAAGAAAACUAUUCAGCUCCUCAAGAAUAUUCGAACUUUGAUUCCAGCUCCGAUCGUGAUGCUAUUCCUGGCAGCUUCCGGGGCAUGACUGGUGGUGAUUUGAGUUCUGUUGACCCUAGUGUGUACACAGACUCAAGUCCAAAAUCCACCGAGCGCACAACAACCUCUCAUUAUGGCGCCACUGGUCCUCCACAAGAUACCAUGAAAGAGAUUGCUGAGAAUGUUAAAAUGAACGAGAGUGAACAAACAGGUUUGAAGAAUGAUCAAAUUUCAGGUUCUGAUGCAAUUCAACAACAAACUAUGGAUCCCAAAUAUGAGGGAACAAUGGGAGCUUCAAGUGGUUUAUCGAGUCAUCAGCCUCCUCGUUAUAAUGAUGAUUCAAAGAACAUUCAAUAUCCGGAAAAGACCAAGGUUGAAAAGCAAAAUAUAACUGAGAAAGCUUCUGAAAAGUUUAGAAGCGAAAGGGAUGAUAUUUUAGAUUCAGGUGACCACUAUCAAGAGAAAAACAUCAAAUCUAAACCAGCUUCUAAUUGGGGCCCAAUUGAGUAUAGUUCGGGUACUGGCAAGAAUGAGAAUCUGCAAGAUGUUGUUCUACCUCCUGGUGUCAAAGGUGAUUCCCACAAUGUUACAUCUGUGCCUCAACACGAUUAUAAAAUGCCUACCAACCUGGAGCGUGCACACUAUGAUGAUGAUGUUAAAGGUAUCAAAAAUGACAGUUUGCAAGACAUUUUUGGUUCACAAACCGCUGACAGAAAUGUUGAUAAUUCUCGUGGUAAUGAGGGACACUGGUCCGGAGUUUCUAAGGGAAGUACUACUGAUCAAAACAUCGAUUUGCCACCUGCCAUGAAGAACAAAGAAGACUUGAAUGAGGGAUCUACGACGACUACUUAUUCCAAGCCUCACCAAUAUGGGUUGGACUAUUUGGAUGAUGUUGAGGAUUACAACAAAAUUGAUAUUGAUGAACACUCAAACGUAAAGGACGAAUUGCUUCAAGGUAAACCAUUCAACUACGGUUAUGAUAAUAAACAGCAAGUUUUAGGUACCAGCGAAGUUGACGCACCCUCAAACUCAGUCCGGACACAAGAUGAGAAUCUAAUAUCUCCGAAGCAAACAAUUCAAACCGGUAUGAAAACUGCGGGUGAUGAAAGCCCUGGGGGCUAUGAAUAUUCAAAUAUGUCAGAUAUUAGUAAAAUAUCUGAUCUAAGCAAGAAUAAGUCGGGCCCAACACCUACUCGUUCUAACUUCAUCGACCAAAUUGAACCAAGAAGAGCCAAAACAACAGAGAAUAUUACCUCCAAUUCUGAAGACUCUAACAAUCGAGAACCAAGUAACAGUGGAACUGUAGGCACUGGAAAGGAAGGCAUAAGAUCUAAGACCUUCAGCUCUGCCACAUUUGAUAAUAGUAAAAGUUCAGAUGCCAAUCAUAAAAACUAUGACGUCACCUCAUUUGAUGAUGGCAGAACUGCAGAUACUAACGAUGCUGCGACGGCUGCGUACGAUAAUACAGACAGUAGGGACUUCGAGACAGCUGGUUUAGAAAACACAGGCUCGACAUAUGCUAAUUCAAAAGAUACUGCUGGAGUAACUUAUGAUCGUCAAAGACCAUCGGAAGAAAAAUCUACUGAUCACAAUGGCCACAAUAUCUUAAGCCAAGAAAAUUAUAGUGACGAUGAUAUUGACGUGAACAAGAAUGCAAAAGUUCUUGAAAAAGACGCACUUGGCUAUAAACGCAAAGUGGAUCUGAAGAAUAAGCGCAGAACAGAUAUUGGCGGUUCUGACGCUGCAGACACUUAUGCCGCCGAAGUUGGUAAUUUUCCUAGUUUGAUCGACCCUCGUGUUCCGACGUAUGGAUUCAAAGAUGAUAAUAAUACUUCUAGUUCUCAAAAGACGCCUCUAUCAUCUACAUCCGAAACCGCUGAUCCGGAACCCGCUACCUAUUUGAUUCAUAAUGAGACCACUUCCCAAGGGAGAAAAGUGUCUGUGGGCUCAGCGGGGUCUGAAAAAUUGAAACACCACCACAAUCACAGCCAUCAUCACAGUAGACAAAGCUCUUCAAAGGCCUCCGACUAUGAGUACAAUUCAAACCACUCAACUGAACACACUCCUAGACAUCAUCGAUCUGACUCCAAUAAAGGUGAGCAAGAUUUUGAAAACGGAGAAGAUAAGGAACAGACCGGUAAGCAAAGUUUUAUGGGCAGAGUGAGAAAUAGUAUCUCUGGAGGUACUUUUGGAUUUAGAAGUGAAAUUUAG